AUGGCUUCAAAAAUCGUCGUCGUCGGUGACGUCAACGGGCAAUUCAAGACUGUCUUCCAGAAGCUGAGCGCACUGCAUGCAAAGAACAACUUUGCUUUCGCCCUCAUCAUAGGCAACCUAUUUGCAGCUUCGCUCGAUGAUGAGGACACGGCGUCAGGUGAUGUGCAGGCACUCGUUGAUGGUCAAAUCGAUGUGCCGUUGCCCACCUACUUUGCUCUUGGCAGUAAUCCACUUCCCCCAGCAGUCGUCCAAAAGUUGGAAUCUUCCAGUGAUGAACUAUGCCAUAAUCUCUUCUUCCUUGGCAAGCGGACUACUAUGAAGACGUCUGAGGGCAUCCGCAUUGUCGCGCUAGGCGGCCGGUUGGAUGCGAACAUCAUUGCUGGCCAGUCCAAGGACAAGUACCCGCCUUUUUACAGCGAGACGGAUGCCAAGAUUUUGCGAGGAGCAACGACAGCUGAUAUCCUCAUCACCAACGAGUGGCCGGAGGACAUUCGGAAGCGUUCCAAGGUCGAGUUCAACCCUGACGUACAGCCGACUAGUCAGCAAUGCAUCGCAGAUCUGGACGUGAUAUUGAAACCGAAGUACCACUUCUCAACAUCCGGCGGCACCUUCUACGAGCGAGAGCCAUUCUUUCAUCCACCCAGUGCUGAAACCGACAAUCUCUAUCCGGUAACGCGAUUCAUCAGUAUGGCGUCCUUUGGCAAUCCCAAUAAGCAAAAGUGGAUUUAUGCCUUUUCUCUCGAGCCUUCUGCGAGCCAUCCCGUCGCACCUCCGCCUGGCUCAACCGCUUGUCCUGUCGUUCUUUCUGAGAAGAAGCGAGUUGCACCUGAGUAUCAGGAACAACAUCUAGUCUAUGACGAUGGAAGUCGAGGCCGGAGAGGCAACAAGAGACGAAAGGGUGAGCCUCGAGGGCCCAUUACUGCAUCAGAAUGCUUCUUUUGCUUGGCCAAUGAAAACAUUGCGACGCACUUGAUAGCCUCGAUUGGCGAGAACUCGUAUUUGACCACUGCAAAAGGCCCUCUGCCAACUCCACAAACCUUUUCCAAACUCGGCUUCCCCUGCCACAUGCUCAUCAUUCCAUUUACACACCAACCGACGCUAGGAUCAAUGACAGAAGAAGAGCGCCAUGCGACCUAUGCAGAGAUGCAACGAUACCGGCGCGCAAUGAACAGCAUGCUCAAGUCCGUAGCAGAUACGGACUAUGGUUCAGUCACGUGGGAAGUCAGUAAAUCUAGCUUGCCUCAUACACACUGGCAAUACCUCCCAGUCAGCGCCGAUCUUAUUAGUAAAGGACUUGUCGAGGCUGCAUUCAAGGCAUUGGCCGAGAAUCUACAUUGGCCGAAAUUUCAAAAAGAGGAUGUAGGUGAUGGAGUCGAAGAGACGAGCGACUUCUUCAGGGUCUUGGUGUGGGAUCCAAAAGACGACCCAGACAAGCAGACAAGCUACGUUAUGCGCUUCGACGAAAAGAUACGUUUCCACAACCAGUUUGGACGAGAGGUGUUGGCUAAGUUGUUGCGACUCGACCAGCGUGUCGACUGGAAGAAUUGCGGACAGACGCAGCCUCAAGAAGAGCAGGAUGUUGAAAAGUUCAAGGAGGCAUUCAAAGAGUUUGACUUUGCCGCAUGA